AUUUAGUUUAUAAACUAACUUUGGACAGGCAACAAGAAAAAGAUCUUAACUUAAAAAACAAAAAAAUACGAAGAUUAAAAAAUAAAAAUUGCGCGUAUUUGAAAUAAAAUUUAUAAAAUUCGUAUUAAAUGUUAAAACAACAACAACGUGUCUUUAAUGCUCUCAGACAGUUUGUCUAGUGAAUUAUUGUGUAAAUGAGCAAAAGAAAAUAAAUGUAAUUUAUUUAAAGCAAACAAAUUAAAAUAAACAGUAAUUUUAGCAACAGUUGACAAUUUUUUGCUCUUUUUUGUUACAAAACACACAAUAAAGUUUGAAACAGUUGCCAGCGGCGGAAAAGCAAUAUUUUCAACGUCCUCUACAGAGCUGUCGUCGUUGACAAUGAUGCGGCAACGGCUGUUAACGUUCCUAUUUGUAUUUAUUAUAAUUGUUAAUUGCUUCAGUGCUGUCAAGUGUAAUAAAUAUGAAAAUGAAUUCUAUUCCUCGAUAGCGGGUUUGGAAAGUUUACUCAAGACUGAACAAAUACUGGUGGCAGAUCUAAAGGAUUAUGUCGCUACAGCCAAACAACAUAUUGCCCUAUUGGAAAAAGAAAUACUUAAAAUAGAUAUAGAACAUGAACUGGCUGCAGCUGACACAGACAAUUAUCUCACCAAUCCAGUAAAUGCAUACAAAUUAAUUAAUCGUCUGUUUAAUGGAUGGAAUAAAUAUGAAGAUCAAAUUACCGAAGCCCAUAGAAGUUUUUUGCAACAAAUACAUCAACGAAGAAGUUCUCUAGACUAUCCCUCUGAAGACGAUUUCGAAGAAUCCGCUUUAGCACUAGUAAGACUACAAAAGACAUACAACUUAGAAGUGGGUCAAGUAGCAUCUGGAGUUUUAAAUGGUAUAAAAUAUGGUACCGAUAUGACCUGGUCAGAUUGCUUGAUGUUGGGCGAACAACUUAUCAAAUCAAAGGCCUAUAAUCUAACUAGACCCUGGAUGCAGGAAUCAAUUAAACGUUUAAAUUUCGAUUCGUUUAAUAAUAAUAAAAUAUCUUUGGAAUUUAUGGAAAUGCUAGCGGAAAAUUUGAUUAAGACGGGUGAUAUGAAUUCAGCUUUAAAAGUGGUGCAGAUUAUUUUGAAUGAAGAUCCAUUGCGUAAGAGUAUUGUGGCAAAAAUGUUUGAAAAUACCGAGAUAUUACCGGAGACGGGUGAUAUUGAGGCAGAAUAUCAUGCCAGCCAGGAAUUCAAAACCUAUGAAAAAGUAUGCCGCGAGGAAAUCCAACAGACCCCCACAGAACAGCGUAAUCUACGCUGUCGCUAUCACAGUGGAAAUUGUGCCUUCUGCCUCUUAGCUCCCAUCAAAGUGGAAGAACUUAAUUUAGACCCCUUGGUCAUGGUAUUUCACGAAAUGAUUACCGAUAAGAAAAUCGAAACAAUCAAAGAUUUAGCCAUGCCCAAUAUGAAACGUUCCACUGUACGUGCCGGAGAAGAUGCAUCAUCUAAAAAACGUAAUUAUCGCAUUUCGAAAAACGCCUGGCUGCCGUAUAACAAUCAUCCGUACAUGGAACAAAUGUUACGUGAUAUACAUGAUGUAACCAAUUUGGACAUGACAUACAGUGAGGAAUUACAAGUGGCUAAUUAUGGUUUGGGUGGUCACUAUGAACCACAUUUUGAUUUCUUUAUGGAUAAUAUACCAGAGGACCAAGGCAAUCGUAUAUCAACUUCAAUUUUCUAUUUAUCCGAUGUGGAACAAGGUGGUGCAACUGCAUUUCCAUUUCUGAAAAUUGCUGUUAAGCCUGCCAAAGGCAAUGUAUUAUUUUGGUAUAAUUUGCAUCGUUCGUUAGAUGGUGAUUUUCGUACUAAACAUGCUGGUUGUCCGGUCUUAAAAGGAUCCAAAUGGAUUGCCAAUGUUUGGACACAUGAACGCAGACAAGAACUGAUUAGACCAUGUGGCCUGUUUAGAGAUCAUGAAAGUUCUAUAGAAUAUGCAACUGUUAAAUAGAAUGCAAAACAUCAAAUCAUUGUGUGAUAUAAUACUUUAUUCGUAAUAACUAACUAUUGUAUACAAAAUAUAACUAAAUAUUCUUGUACAUAUUUAAGUAAUGUAAAUUAAAAAAAAACAAGGAGGUUAAUUGAUAAGUUGUUAAAAUUU